AUGACAACAAAACGUGAUUGGCAUCAUCAAGUUGAACAUGAACGAAUUCCAGCAAAUGAAGUUCACGAAACAAAUGACGGUAAAACAAUUCGUGUUGAAUAUAGAGAAGAAAAUGGAACUAUUUAUAAGACAACAAAAACUUAUCGAAAUCAAAAAUUAAAAGUUUUACCAAUUGUUGCCGAACGAAAAAAAUGGAAAAAAUUUGGAAACGCAUCCAAUGAUGCACCUGGUAUAAAUACAGCAACAACUAAAGUUGAUGAUGAAAUAACAAUGCAAUUCAUCUCAAAUAAAGAAGAUGAUAAACAAGAUGAAGAGAAACUUAUUAAAGAUGCUGUAUCAACAUUACGUAAAGUUCAAUGUCGUUUAUGUAAAGGUGAACAUUGGACAACUAAAUGCCCAUAUAAAGAUAAUCUUCAAUCUUUUAUGGAGCAAUCAAUUGAUAAACCAACUGACAAUAUUCCAUCAACAAUUAAUAUUUCAACACCACAAGGUCAAAAUCCAUCAACAGGAACACCUGCUGAAGGAACAACUGGUAAAUGGGUUUCAGUCUCAGCACGUCGUCCUGGUGCAGGUACAGCUUAUCCUGGUGAUCGGGGAGGAUCAACGCGUGGCUCUUAUGCUGGUAGAUCCAAUGAUAUGAGAAAACAAGAUGAAGCAACUGUUCGAGUUACUAAUUUACCUGAAGAAACUCAAGAACAAGAUUUACGCGAUUUAUUUACUCCAUUUGGUUCUGUUAGUCGAGUAUUUUUAGCUAAAGAUAAAACAAAUAAUACAUCAAAAGGGUUCGCUUUUAUUACAUUUAAUGAAAAGAAAGAUGCACAAAAAGCUAUUGAAUGUGUUUCUGGAUUUGGUUAUGAUCAUCUGAUUUUAAAAGUUGAAUGGGCCAAUAAACCACAAAAUCAAUAA